AUGGUUGGAAAGAAACUGCCUCAGCCCUUAUUCAAAGUUGGCUAUGAGCCUUCAAUGCGGAGGGCAAAUGUAUACGGCAAGCAAGAGUACUUAGAUGUCAUCCACUCGUGUCUAAAAACCCCUGAGAAAGAAGUUAUUAGGAAUUCACAAUUCCGGGAAUUGUUUGAUAACCGGCUGCAAAAUUGA